AUGUCGAAAUUACCCUUCAGCACCGUGGGGGCUAAGCCCCGUAAUCGCUUCUCUGCUCGCAACCUGGUAUUGAUUAUAGCCGGUGCUGGUCUGUUAGUCACGACUUACAGUUUUUCUUGUCAUUCUUGGUCACUCGGAUGUCAAAAGCCCCUCGCGACUGGUCAAAAAAUAUGGAAUGACGACAACCCCGACCGCAUGAAAACCUUCCAACAAUGUGCAAUUAACAAUCUUCUCGAGACGGGUCUUCCAUUCAUGAACAACGUCGCGCCAAUUGCAGUUGCGGACUUUGAAGAGCGACGGGAUCGAUUGGCGCAAGCACUGGUCGCCGAGGGAGCUGAUGCCUUUGUGGUGGAACCGGGGUAUACAUUCAAGUAUUAUGGCAACGUGAGCCAGCCUGAGUGGGAAGUGUGGGAGCCUGAAGAGCGCCCUUUUUUGAUGGUGGUACGCCCAGUCCACGAUGGGGCCACAGGCAACGUCAAGGCUAACACCACCUUUCUCUGCCCAUCUUUCGAGGUUGAACGCGCCCGUCUACUUGGAAUGCCAUUCUCUGAGGAACUCUCAAUCGUCCCCUGGGAGGAGCACUGGGAUCCGUACGCCGCUCUCUGGCAAUCUGAUGUGUUCUUAGGCCUCGAUCGACCCGCACGCCUGAUGGUGGACGAAGAAAUGCGAGACUUCAUCCAGCGCGGACUUGGAUCCGCAGGAUUUGAUGUAGUCGGUCUACAGGGCCAGGUUGAGGAAGUUCGACAGAUUAAAACUGCUAGAGAGGUUGAUAUUUUGCGCGCGGUAAAUACCGGAACUGUUGAGGCGGUGCGACAGAUGAGAAAAUGCCUCUACCCAGGGUUGACGGAGAAUGAAAUGGCUGCUGCCCUCGACGAUGCCCUUCGAGCCGCUGGAAUGGAGCCCUUCUUCGACAUCGUUCUUUUCGAUGAGAAUGCAUCCAACCCACAUGGUGGAACCAAUGGGACUAAGGUUUUGGAAGACGAGACCUUUGUCUUGAUUGAUGUCGGUGCACAUCUCUAUGGAUACCCGUCAGAUAUUUGCCGCACAUUUUUCCCUCCGUUCUUGGAGAAGCCUUCCAAGGAUGAUGUGCUUUCACCGCGCAUGAGUGAGAAGCUGAAAGUUUGGGAUAUCGUCUUUGAGGCGCAAACUCAAUCAAUUAAUCAAAUGCGCGAGAACAUGACCGCAGCCAGUGUAGACAUUGCUGCACGCGACGUGAUCAAAGUCGCUGGAUAUGACGGAACCUUCACGCAUCGCGUGGGUCAUGGUAUCGGAAUCAAAGCCCACGAAAGCCCGUAUUUGAACAAGGGAAAUACAGCGAGCUUGUUAAAGACCGGCAUGGCUUUCACUUCGGAGCCCGGAAUCUAUCUUGUGGAUAAAUUCGGUGUGAGACAUGAAGAUGUGCUUCUCGUUCAGGGAGACAAAGAACCCCAGAUUCUGACAGGAAUUCGAGCCAGAGGCCCUUGGGAACCAUGA